GGGUUGGUGGGCGACAUGUUUUUCGCCAGAGACCACGGUGAGCAGGCGGUGUCGGUGCGCAUAGCAGCCGGUGUGGAGUUCCGCUGUGGUGCCGCGGUUUGUCGGAAAAGCUGGACUGUGCUAACGGACCGCCGGGCUCACAGGAUACAGGCAUAAGAUGUCAACGCUUCCAUAUCCUCACGAAUUUCACGAUGUCGAUGAUGAGACCAACGCUCGCGUCAAGCGGCUUGUGCCAGGGCUGGCUGAAGGAGCCAUGACCAUCGGCAAGGACCGUUACUUCUAUCCAAAGAAGGACCACGAGGCCUUCCACAAGAUGUACAAUUACCCUCUAGACGAGCGAGAUAUAUGGGUGGUGACGAUGCCUAAAUGUGGCACCACGUGGACGCAGGAGAUGGUCUGGCUGAUCGCCAACGACUGCGACUUCAAGGGCGCUCAGAGCAACCUGGUUCCGGACCGGUGGAAUUUCCUCGAGAUGUCCUACCUGGUCUUGGCGUCAGACGUGCGCGCCAAAAGCGUCGCCUGGGAGGGCAUCAAGGCCAACCCGUGGAAGAUGCCUCAGAUUCUGUGGUUGGGUCUGAAAAUGGCUUGGCCUCGAAAGUACUACCCUCCGCGGUUCAUCAAGAGUCAUAUGCCGUUCUCUAUGCUGCCUCCAAAGCUCCUGGAUACGUGCAAGGUCGUCUACGUGGCCAGGAACCCCAAGGACGCUCUUGUAUCGUACUACCACCAUCACAAGCUGAUCAAGAUGAUGGACUUCGAGGGAACAUUCGAGGAGUUCUUCGACCUCUUCCUCGAGAACAAGGUGGUCCAGGCUCCCUUCAUGCCGCACGUCAAAGAGGCUUGGGAGAAAAAGGACCACCCAAACCUGCUCUUCCUCUUCUUUGAGGACUUGAAGAGUGACCUAAAAGGGAACAUCAGGCGAGUGGGUGACUUCCUUGGGAAGACACUUUCGGAAGAGCAGGUCGAACAGCUGUACGAGCACCUCAAGUUUGACAACUUCAAAAAGAAUCCUUACGUAAAUAAUGAUCCGCUCAAGGAGCUAGGCAUUCUCUCCACAACUGGGAACUUCGUCAGGAAAGGCAAAACUGGCGACUGGAAGAACCAUUUCACCCCUGAGAUGGACGCCCGCAUGGACGCCUGGAUCAAAGAGAACCUCCGGGGCACCGAUCUGAGCUUCCAGACCGAACUGAAGCACCAGGACUGAGCAAUUUUCACCAGACAGUGCCGCCCGGUCCCGGUGGCCGACUCAGUGUACCUCAAUAUCUGGCAAGAGAGCUGAGUUCUUUCACUCCAUGCCGUUAGUUGGUGUAGGAAUCCAAAUCGGAAUAACUUUAUUCUAGCCCAGCAUAUGAAUAAGUUGCAACUUGUUUACACUCUGUCGUUCAUCGAGAUGUACCGAUAUUAGCUUAUGGCCAGUGAAGUUUCAUCACUGCUGUUACCUGUUAUGAUCCAGAUGCAUGCAUUUGCCUGGAAUCGUAUGUGUCAGCUAGUUAUUUCAGGCUGCGUUAUCACCAUCACUAGGCAAACAUUGUCUCCCACGUAACGAUCGUAACGAUGAAUGGUCACAUUUAGCAUUAUCGUCUUUCUCUGGCCUGUUCUUUAGCACACACGCAAACGACGGUGCAGUCCAUACGCUGGCAUACCCUCCCGUUGCUAAUUGAAUAGUUUUCGCCUUAUACUGUCCCAGAGCCGCCUUCAAAUAAAGGAUUUGGAGAGCUCUGGCCAAAGCAUUAUAAAACUACGGCCGCUCCGGAUGGAGACCGAAGUCAGGCAGCUGCUCACGUUCGUUCGGUCACGUUCGUGUGUCUUCUCGACAUUCGAUUGCUGGUCAAUAGGUGUGCUUUGUGUGUUGUACCUUGGUUGUACCUAUGUCAUUCGUUUUGUCGCUAUGCGUACUGUACAUUGUGCAAUGUUUUAAUCGCCUGUACUUGUGAAUACUAUAUGUGCUCAUG